AAUGAUCAUGCAAUCCACUUGCCUAGUAGGUUACUACAAGGGAAAAUGUCCCAACAAUUGUACAGAUGUGGAGGCUAUUGUCAGAAGUUCGGUAACCUCACAAUUUGGGUUAGAUCCAACUAUCAUACCCCAACUCAUACGCCUGCAAUUCCAUGAUUGCUUUGUGAGGGGUUGUGAUGCAUCAAUACUCCUAGAUGGCAAUUCAACAGAGAAGACUGCAACUCCGAAUCUAACUGUGAGAGGUUUCAAUGUCAUCGAUCGCAUAAAAUUUGCUGUGGAAGACCAAUGCCCUGGUGUUGUCUCUUGUGCUGAUAUAAUUAUCAUGGCUGCCAGAGAAGCUGUAUUCCUGGGUGGUGGACAGUUCUACAAUGUAACAACAGGAAGAAGAGAUGGCUUAAUUUCUCUCGAGAGCGAUGCUCUUGCUCUCCUUCCUCAUGCUAACAUAUCAAUCAGUGACAGUAUCGCAACAUUUGCAAGUAGAGGCAUUGAUGUUCCAGACAUGGUUACGCUCAUUGGUGGUCAUACAGUAGGGUUUGCACGUUGUUCUUCUUUCAAAGAUCGCCUCUACAAUUUCAACAACACAGGCCAGGCUGAUCCAACCAUGGAUACACUUCUAGUUACUGUACUAAAGCAGACAUGCCCCCAGAAUUCAGCAACCAAUAACAUAGUCAAUCUGGAUCAGAAUACCGCAAGUGCAAACACUGUGGACAACUCCUACUACCAGCAGAUAAAGAUUAACAGAGGAAUUCUACGAAUUGAUCAAGAAAUAGAUCUGGACUUUCAAACUAGUCCUACAGUGCGGUUGCUAGCCUACAGUAACGUUAUCUUCAAUGCACAAUUUGCCGCUGCCAUGUUCAAGUUGGGAGCUGUAAAUGUUCUUACAGAACCACUAGGUGAGAUUAGGACUUCAUGUCGAUCCAUUAACCACCCUCCUCCACCUAGUCGUUAACCAUUAUUUAU